AUGAGCCCGCAGUACUCCCUGCGCUCCCUGCUGCUGGUCAUCCUCGCCGCCUUCUCGGCCAACGCCAGCAACUGGCUGUACCUGGCAAAGCUGUCCUCCGUGGGGAGUAUUUCCGAGGAAGAGACCUGUGAGAAGCUGAAAGGGUUAAUCCAGCGCCAAGUGCAGAUGUGCAAGAGGAACUUGGAGGUGAUGGACUCGGUGCGCCGGGGAGCCCAGCUGGCCAUUGAGGAGUGCCAGUACCAAUUCCGUAACCGUCGCUGGAACUGCUCCACGCUGGACACCCUGCCGGUCUUUGGCAAGGUAGUGACACAAGGGACACGGGAAGCAGCUUUUGUGUAUGCCAUCUCCUCCGCGGGGGUGGCCUUUGCAGUGACUCGAGCCUGCAGUAGUGGAGAGCUGGAGAAGUGUGGCUGUGAUCGGACUGUGCAUGGUGUCAGUCCUCAGGGCUUCCAGUGGUCUGGCUGUUCUGAUAACAUCGCCUACGGAGUGGCCUUCUCACAGUCUUUCGUUGAUGUCCGGGAGAGAAGCAAAGGUGCCUCCUCCAGCAGGGCGCUCAUGAACCUCCAUAAUAAUGAGGCUGGAAGGAAGGCUAUCCUGAACAACAUGCGGGUCGAGUGCAAAUGCCAUGGUGUGUCAGGCUCGUGCGAGGUGAAGACCUGUUGGAAAGCAAUGCCUCCCUUCCGCAAAGUGGGCAACAUGUUAAAGGAGAAAUUUGAUGGGGCCACAGAAGUUGAGCAGAGAAAGAUCGGCUCCACCAAAGUCCUGGUGCCAAAAAACUCCCAGUUCAAACCACACACGGAUGAGGACCUGGUCUACCUGGACUCCAGCCCGGACUUCUGUGACCAUGACCUAAAGAAUGGGGUCCUGGGGACCAGUGGCCGGCAAUGCAACAAGACUUCCAAAGCUAUUGAUGGCUGUGAGCUUAUGUGCUGUGGGAGGGGCUUUCACACAGACGAAGUGGAGGUGGUGGAAAGGUGCAGUUGCAAGUUCCACUGGUGCUGCUUUGUCAAAUGUAAACAGUGCCACCGAGUGGUAGAAAUGCAUACGUGCCGGUGA